ACAGCUGUGAAGCAAAGCAUACAGACAGCAGGCCAGGCCAGGCCCGGCCGCAAACGAGAAAAAUGGCGCUACAAACACCGCGCAGUGGUCUGCAGCGACCUUCGAUAGGGACCGCGUCUUCACCCUCGUUGCGCGCGUCCGCCACUGCCGCCUCGCGCAAGGCCAGCUACCAGGCGCUAACGGGUCAGAAGAGCACCAACAAUAACAACAACAAUACCACUCCGGUCAGGAUGGAUGCAGAGAGCUUGGAAGUGGGUGACACGGUCAACGUGCCUGGCGACAUGUAUGGCGUCGUCAAGUACGUUGGCGGUGUCAGAGGCAAGAACGGACACUUUGUAGGCGUCGAGCUGGACAGGGAGUUUGCUGCUAGAGGGAAGAAUGAUGGCGACGUGGAUGGGUUUUCCUACUUUAACACCACUAUACCCGGCGCAGGCAUCUUUCUGCCUAUACACCGCGCUGAGAAGCGAGAUUCACCUGCGAUAUCCCUAGACUCCUUCCCCGCGACACCCGGGACACCGUCAUACAGCACUGGGCUCAAUGGGACUAGGCCCGGCGGCGCUCUGAAGUUCUCACAAUCAGUAGGGGGACAUGGCGCCAGAUCACAGAGUCCACAGCUCAAGCCCCGAAGACCAUCACUUCCACGUCCUGAAUCACCGCUGAGGAGGCAGACGCCCAAUCUCCAGCCCACCCCUGCUCGCAACCCCUUGGCCAAUAGUGGUCGGGGGACCCGAUCUGCAACGACACCGAGUAGGCCCAAUUUGAAGGCUUCCACCUCUGGACGGGCCUCGAACGCUGCGCCGACGCCUCGACCGUACUCGCGCGCCGGCUCGCGGCUGGGCUACAGACCAGAUGAUAUACAAGAGGAAAGAACGCCAGUAGGACUUGCCAAAUCGGCAGACAGAAGAAAUGGCAGUCAAGGCUCGGUCAAGUCUUUCUCGCAGCCUUUGCGGUCUCAAUCACGUAUGGGCAGUGGUAGUGGCAUGUCAGACGAGGAAGUGCUCAAGUUGCGCGCCGAGCUUGCUGAGCGCGACAAGAGGCUCGCAGAACAGGCGGCAAACCUCUCGGAUAUGGAGGCCAGCGUUAAGGAGCUUUCUGCUCUGCUGCCCAACGAAGGACAACUAUCCCGGGGACCACCUUUCAUGCGUGACGAUGACGAUGCCAAUACGUCGCAAUUGAGGCAAAUGCUGAGGGAGAAGAAUGAAAAGAUCCAGAUACUGACUGCAGAGUUUGAUGCGCAUAGGGCGGACUUCCGAAGCACACUAGACUCGUUGGAGAUGGCCAGCUCGGAGACGGAGCGCGUGUAUGAAGAGCAAAAACAGGAUCUCAUUGCGCAAGUUCAAGAGCUAUCGGAACGUCUGGGCGAGCUGGAGGAGUUGAACCAGAAUAAGAAGGAGUUCGACGACGUGGCUACGCAGCUUAAGCAGCUGGAGGACUUUGUCCAGGAACUCGAAGAAGGACUGGAAGAUGCGAGGCGAGGCGAGGCUGAAGCAAGAGGCGAAGUCGAGUUUCUGCGCGGCGAGGUGGAAAGAGGUCGGUCAGAGCUGAAACGGGAAAGGGAAAAGGCGGCGUCGGUCAUGGCUUCGAAUGGUGGAGGCACCUCGCCGAAAGAGCUCGAGCAGAAGGAGGAUGAGAUUCGAGGGUUGAAAGCAAUCAUACACUCCUUCUCCACGAGUCCGGCUAGUGGGGACAGUCCGAACGGCGCCGCCCUGGACGACAUGGAUAAGCUCAAAUCGGCACUUGAAGAGAGUCAAAAGGAGAAGGAAGGCCUGGAGCACGAGCUCGAGCAGCUCCGUAGAGACUAUGCCCUGAGCAACGGGCACCACGCCCGGAACGAGAGCGAGCUGACCGCAACACCUGUUCAGUCCGCGCCCACACGAGCACGAUCGGACACCAUCAAGCAAACGUUUGCAGAGCAUGCACGCCGAACCGGCGGCGUUGCAAACGGGACGACGGGCGACGAUAGCGGUAGUAAGCCUUCCGACUCUUCUCUUCGCUCGCCUCUGUUUUGCGAAAUGUGCGAAUCUGCCGACCACGAUACGUUGGACUGCAAUCAAUUCCAGAGCAAUCACGAGUCAGUCGAUGCAUCUGGUGCAGACUCUCGUGACGAUUUCAAGCAUGCGCGCAACUUGUCCGCUGCGCCUGCACCUUUGGUCCUCGGAGGAUUGCUCAAGGGAUCCAAUAAAGACAAGUUGGAUCCACUGGCAGAGAAUGUGUCUCCGGUCGAUUCAAAGGGCCAGGGCAGCGAGGUUGCUGUCGGAGCGAAGAAGGACGAAGAGGAGGAGAAGUGGUGUGCGCUGUGUGAGAAGGACGGACAUUUGGCAUAUGAAUGUCCGGAUGAACAGUAUUAGACGAGGGUGCUGCAUUCUUCUUGUUAUUAUUAUUAAUAAUAAUAAUGACGAAAAGCAUUCGUGGUCGUCGUGGAUUUGAUCUUGUGGGAGCGUUGAGCAAUGCCAGUCUUUCUUUGGCGAGGAGUCCUGAAGGCUCCUUCUUCGUGGUGGCUACCACUGUCGUGGUGAUGGUGGUUCAGAGGCUUUUUUCUUCUUCUUGCUCUCAGAGAGAGGAGAGAGAGAGAGAGAGAGAGAGAGAG